ACGUGAUGAAGGUGGAAGACCGAACGUCGUGAUGUGUUAUGACAAAUAUCAAAUUUGUGGUAUCCAUAAAUAAAAGAAACGUCACAGUAUAUUCAGGCGUUCAUUUAUGUCAACUGUGUAAUCUUCAUACGGAGAUUCAUGAAUGCAAGGUAGGAUUUUAAAAAAAAGGCAAGACCGUAAACAACAGGAAAAUGAGUUCUGGCGAAUGUAAGGGUAGCGAGAAUGAGGAUAUCGAAAAUUCAGAUGAAAGUGACAGACCAUCGGGCGAAAGAUGGGCGCCCGUUGGUGCAAACGACGGUGAUAAUGAUUUCACCGAUGAAUAUAAAUAUGUCGAUAAUAUGGAGAAUUUAUCAUAUGAUAUGGAAAGGUUAAAAUUACUUGAAGAAGAACAGGAGAUGCUUAAUUCAUCUCUUAUAGCAUUGACUACUCACUUUGCCCAGGUUCAAUUUCGUUUAAGACAAAUUGUAGAUGCACCUGCAAAUGAAAAAGAAACUUUGCUCAAGGAAUUAGAAGAAUUUGCUUUUAGAGGAAUACCAGAUGUUCCAAAUAGUUUAUCACUUGAUAGCAGAUCAAUUACACCAACUUCUCCAAUGUCCUGCAAGCAAAGUAUAUCUGGAGUAAUAAAUGAUGUUGAUGUUGAAUCUAAAAUGGCAUUACAAAGAACAAAACAAAAAGAAUUAAUAUGUCAACUAAAAUCUCAGUUAGAGGACCUAGAAAAGUAUGCUUAUGAAACUGGUGAUGCUGAUUUACCACAAAGCAUGAUAUUAGAGAGACAGAGUAUUAUAAUCAACCAUUUAAAAGAAAAGUUAAAUUUCAAUGUUGAUGAUCUUUGUAAAUUACCAGUUGAUGACUUAAGAUGGCAAGUAGAUUAUGCUAUAAGUCAGAUUGUUAGUCCUUUGAAAAUGAAAGAACAAUUAGUAUCACAGUUAAAAACACAAAUUGCAGAUUUAGAACGUUUUAUAAAUUAUCUUCAAGGAGAAGUUAGUACAGAAACUUUGGCAUGCACCUGUGCUUGCCCAGUACAUACCAGUGGUACUGCUGGUUCUACUUCAUAUUCUAAACAUGCGUUUAACAAAAAGACAGAGGAAGAAAGUAGGACAAAAACUUUGAACACUGUUAAGAAAGUUGUAGCUUUGUUGCAUAUGUUCCUAGUAUCGCAAUUAGGAUGUGGUAGCGAACGAGUUCGAAGAAAUUUAAAAAAAAAUUCUAUACAUAAUUGGCGCGAUUUAAGAACAAGAUUGGAUAUUGCAGUGGAACAUGUUAUAGAAACCAUUGCCGAAACUGAGCGUCACCCGGAAGACGAUGAUUUCGUAAAUGAAAACGAUUAUGCUUCAGAUUCAGAUUCUAUGUCACAUUGCAAUGCCAGAGUAACAUUCGCUGUAAGGAAGCACCUAGCUACUUCCAUUCGUGAUUUAAUACAACAUGGUUUAAUGUCUGAUGCGCGUUCUAAUAGUGUAGUACCGUUUGUGGGAUGUUUUCCACAGAGAAAUCCCUCUGCCUCUAAUCUAAUGCAUGCAUGGGAACUAGUAUUGAAGUACUAUGAAAUUAAAAAUGGUCAUCGUUAUAAUUCUAGUCCAGCACAGAAAUUAUCUCAAAGUUUUAAUCUUGAUCUAGCAGGUGGCAGAAUUAUUUCUCCUAAACAGAGUCUAUUAACAACAAUUGGGAAUAUCAUUGCUUCGCACAGCCCGUAUAAAAGAAGUUACGACUCUCACUUCAAAGCAUUUAUAUGUGCAUCUCUAAACGCUAACAGACUUGUUGCUUGGUUAAAACUUAUCUUGCAAUGUCAAUACCUUCUUGAAAAUCAUUAUAUAUCGUGGAGUUACGUUAUAAAAACAGGUUUUCAAGAUGCAUUUCACACCCUCGACCGUCUUACUAACUACAAAUUUGAUCUACCAGUUGAUUUAGCAGUAAGACAGUUUCAGAAUAUAAAAGACGCAUUUUGAUUACGGUGAAUAUCAACGAUCAUAAUUACGGAAGUACAUAGGUACUUACUUUUAGAA